AUGCUAAAAAUUAUUAUUCCUACUAUUAUACUAAUUCCACUCACAUGACUAUCAAAAAGCAAUAUAAUAUGAAUUAACUCAACAAUCUAUAGUCUAAUAAUCAGCAUAGUAUGCCUACCUUUAAUAAACCAACCUUGCGAUAACAGCUUAAACCUAUCCAUGUUAUUUUUCUCUGACUCACUAUCAACUCCCCUAUUAAUACUGACAACCUGACUUUUACCUCUUAUAAUUAUUGCUAGCCAAUAUCAUAUAACCAAAGAGCCCCUCGCACGAAAAAAACUCUACAUUACCAUGAUAAUUCUACUUCAAAUUUUCUUAAUUAUAACUUUCUCCGCUACUGAAUUAAUUAUAUUUUACAUUUUAUUUGAAGCCACACUUGUACCGACUUUAAUUAUCAUUACUCGAUGAGGGGGCCAAACAGAGCGAUUAAAUGCUGGAAUUUAUUUUCUAUUUUAUACUCUGGCUGGGUCACUUCCCCUUUUAGUUGCUCUAACUUACACUCAAACCACCCUAGGUUCACUAAACAUACUACUAACUCAAUAUUUAACUGAGCGAUUAACCCAUGUUUGAGGUGAUUCACUUUUAUGAUUAGCAUUCAUACUAGCAUUUAUGGUAAAAAUACCUCUUUAUGGUCUUCACCUAUGACUACCAAAAGCCCAUGUAGAAGCUCCAAUUGCAGGCUCAAUAGUCCUAGCGGCUAUUCUACUAAAACUAGGGGGAUAUGGAAUAUUACGUAUUACCAUAAUACUCAACCCUACUGUUAAUUUCAUAGCAUAUCCUUUUAUGAUACUAUCCAUAUGAGGCAUAGUUAUAACUAGCUCCAUCUGUCUUCGUCAAACAGAUCUAAAAUCACUAAUUGCAUAUUCAUCCGUAAGUCAUAUAGCACUUGUAAUCAUAGCUAUUUUAAUCCAAAGCCCCUGAAGUUUCAUAGGAGCUACCGCACUAAUAAUCGCCCAUGGCCUAACAUCCUCACUAUUAUUCUGUUUAGCAAAUUCUAAUUAUGAACGAACUCAUAGCCGAACUAUAAUCUUAGUUCGAGGACUACAAAUAAUUCUCCCUCUUAUAGCAGCUUGAUGACUUCUAGCAAGCCUGACAAACCUAGCCUUACCUCCAUCUAUUAACCUAAUUGGAGAACUAUUCGUUACAGUAUCUAUAUUCUCAUGAUCUAACUUCUCCAUCAUUUUAUUGGGAAUCAAUAUUACUAUCACUGCCUUGUAUACACUCUACAUAUUAAUCAUAACCCAACGAGGUAAAUAUACAUACCAUAUUCACAAUAUUAAACCCUCCUACACUCGAGAAAAUACCCUAAUAUUACUACAUCUUACUCCUCUACUACUAUUAAUAAUUAACCCCAAAAUUAUCCUAGGAACUAUGUACU